AUGAAAAUGAGAAAAUUAAUUUUUUUGGCUGUUAUUGCUGUUUGUUUGAGUAUUGCUUAUGCUUAAAGUAAUAACGAUGAUAAAGAUGGUGGUUAUCAAUUAGUUGAUUACAAUGAAGAGAUGCAUGGAGAAGCCUACUAAGCUGCCUUAGAUUACUUGAUUUCCAAGAAAAUCGUAACUUCUGACGUCACUCCUAAAAUUGCUGCUGUAUACCAAAAGGUUGUUAGUGGUUUUAUGUUCAAAUUCUAUAUUAUGUUUGAUGACUAAGGCUGGAUUGUUGAAGUUUUGAGUUAACCUUGGUUAAAAAACUUAUAAGUCGUUUCUUUCAAGAAAAUUGAUAAUAAUUGA